AUGUCGUCUAUCGCAUCGCAGCUGAAGGCCAUCAAGUCGGCGCUCGGCGCCGCGCCGGAGCCGGCCCGGCGGCCCGUCACCCGGCCGUCUGUGCUCUUCGACGCAAAGGAGGCCGCCGACAUCGACCUCCGUGCCAUCCUGCCCAUCGCCCUCUCUGGGUUGGAGCACCUUACCAGCAUAGACGAGAGGUUUGCAAGAUACAGCAACACUCUGUUCAGGGAGACUAGCCUUGAGGUGAACCGCGAACAGCUGACUCCCAAGGAGAACGACAAACUCAACAAGUCCAUCUCCACCUACCUUCGCCUUCUAGCUGGCUAUUUGCAUCUUCCCUCUGCCCUCAAGACCCUCGAAUACCUUAUCCGCCGAUACCUGGUGCAUGUAUACAAUUCGGAUGAGUUGCUGCUGAGCGCACUGCCAUACCAUGAUACACAUGCGUUUGUCCGGAUCGUGCAGUUGGUCAACGUAGGGAAUAGUAAGUGGACAUUUCUUGGUGGCGUCAAGUCCUCAGGUGCGCCACCACCCAGGAGUGUUCUAGUGCAGCAGUGCAUCCGUGAUAAGGCUGUGCUGGAGACCAUCUGCAGCUAUGUUACACCAACAAAGGAAUUCAGUCACUCAAGGACGGUUGUCUGCUUUUGCACUGCUGUGAUUGUUGAGUGCUUGGGUGCUGUCCCUAAGCUUGACACAGAUGUAGUGCAGAGGGUGUUGGGAUUUGUGUUUGACUCUCUUAAUCCUGCAGUGACGCGAGACCAGGAAUACAAGGCUGGCGCUCUUAUGAUUGUUGGAGUACUUGGAACCCGGGCGACUCUAGCGCCUAAACUUGUCCAAAAUUUGAUUUUCUUUGUAGCAAGGACUGCGCAACAUGAUGCAUCUGAGUCAGUUGACUUGCCAUGGCUUCGUGUCUCGGUGAUGGCUCUUAUAAGUCUUGUUCAGUCCCAAUCUGUCCAUGAUUUCCCUAAGAAGCCAUUGAUGAUUUUGAAAGACAUCAGGGAUUUUUCUGGUAUACUUUCUGUAUUAUCCAGUGAAUACAACAUCGAGAGAUUCAUUAGGCUUUAUGUUGAAUCAUUAAUUGACUACAGUAUUUCCGAUGGUUCCUGCCACAUGCACCUGAUUGAAACUAUUGAGACUCUGCCGGUGAAGAAUUUCAUUGAAAGUAUUGUGUGCAAGGUUCUUAGAAACUGUAUCAAGGUAUCUCAGGCCACAGGAAACCCAGAUAUCAAUCACACAGAAUUAUGGGCUAAGAAAAAUUUUAGCGCACUUGAAAGAAAAUAUCCCCUGGAGCUACGUGAUGCUAUUCGUAAAUUUCUUGAGAACUCUGAAAUUAAUUCAUCGGGAGGGGAUUCUAUUUCUGAGGUUUUCGGCAUAGUGUUUGAUGAAAGCAAGAACUUGCCAACUGAAAUAUCCGACUCGAACAUUUGGUUCAGUCUGGAUCAUCCAAAGGCUGCGGUUCGUCAAUCUGCUCUCUCAAAAGUUGCUACAUCUGGCAUCUUCAAUAACAGUACUCUAAAUCCACAGAAGUUUAUCAAUAUGCAAGAUGCUAUAUUAUGCAGUCUGUGUGACGAUGAUCUAAGUGUUGUCCAAGCUGCUUUAUCCAUAGAAGGACUAGCUGUUGUUGCCAAUCCUGAUAGCCUGUUAAAAGCAUAUGAUGGCGUGCUCACCAAAUGCAUCAAAAUCAUUAACAAAGGUGGUUCAAAAGCAUCAAAAGCUUCUGAUGUUGCUGUUUCUUGCUUGGAAAAGCUGGUAACGGAAUACCAAUCGCAUCAUAUGGAACAUGCCAAGGAUAUAGCUACAUUAGUGUUUCGUCUCCUUAUUGUUCACCCAAAGACCCUUAGGGUGAACUUAAAGGCCUUGGAGCUAGCUAAGAAAAUACAAUGGGAGUUCUACACAAGUAGUUCUCUUGUAUAUGAUGGGGUCAAUUUUGAUAAAAUGAAGAACAUGAGUGCAGACUCCAUUGCUUCUAUUAACAUGAAGAACAUCAAAGCUUUUGCUGAGACUUUCCUAGCUGACCCAAAUAAGCAUGUGGAGUGGUUGGCUAACUCUGGAAGUGGAAGUAGAUUUUCUAAAACUUUGUUUCUACUCAUAGUAUUGCAAUCACUUGUUUCCACAGAAGUUUUGGACGAGCAGGUGAAUCUUUGUCAUGCUUGUUUGCCAGUCCUGAAGGAUGAAUGGCAUAACAUACAGCCCGAAGAUAGUGGUGUUGGCGAUGAGAUCAGCAUUGACAACCUUGAGAUGUGCAGUUUAGAAUUGGUGAAGCAUUUUUUCAACAGAGACACAGAGGCAUUGAAUGUUAGAAUCCUUGUCUGUAUAUUUUGGGGUAUCCUAAAGGUGCAGUCCUCCUGUUUUAAGCAGAAUCCCGUGGUUGGCGGUGGUGAAAACACAAUGCUGGAUGAUUUGUUUCUCUUCUUCCUUGUAUCACCUGCCAAAAAUAUCUUCCAGAAGCACCUACAGUAUCUUGUUAAUUGCAUUGGAGCACCUUUUCAAUUUAUUUCGAAGUACUUUCUGGAUGAAGAUUUAUCAGAAAGAGUUCAAGCGGAGAGUCUUCUUGUGCUUGCAUCUAUUUGUUCCAAGUGCGCUUCCUCUGAAAGUAAUAGCUUGGAUGAAAGCAUCUGUAUGCAGCUUCUACUAGGCUUUCCUUCCAUUAUUCCCCCACUCGCUCAUGAUAACAAGGAUAUAAGGUCAUCUGCGAUUAAGUGUAUUGAGGGGUUAUCUUUGGUGUGGCAGCGCUUGAGCACUUCAGUACCAAGAAAUGGAAACAACAUCAAAUUACCUCAAUACUUGUCAUCACCAACUUUUGGUAGUUUCCUUGACUUGUUGGUUAACCAAAAGACCAUGAUCUCCUCGGACGCAAAAUUUCUUCCUGCAUAUAUUUCAUCUAUGCUGAGCCCAUGUAAUGAUAUGCUGGUUCCCGAGAAUCUCCAUGAAAGAUUCGACCAGCAUACAAAGGAUACUAUUCUUACUUUCAUCUUGCGCUCUGCUUUGAAGCUCCCUCCUUAUGGAAAGUUUAUGGUUCUGUCAGUCCUGAAAGGAGUAGGAAGCAUCUUAUUUCAUGCAGAAGAUGUGAAGUCUCUGUUCUUUGAUCUUCUGGACCGUCGUGAUCAGUAUCAGCAUCGACAUAAUUGCAGUCAGAUCCUAUCCACCCAUGAAAUGCAUACCUUAUGCUUGCUUUUGGAGGUUUUGAUCUCAACGCCAGAUCAUGCAAAUAUUGGUUUUAACAUGUUCAAACCUCUGAUGAAAGCUUUAAAGGUUGAUGCUCCGUCUCCAGGUGAUCCUGUUGUUGUGAUGCCAUGUCUUACUGUCCUGCAGAAUCUUCAACCAGGGUUCUUUGAUAAUUUAAAGACCGAUACUAAGGAAAAAGUUGUUGGACGCCUUAUUUCCUUGGUUCGAACUGAGAGUUUCAAAGUUCGAAAUGCCGCACGGGAUGCUUUACUGCGUAUUAAUGUUCAUUCUUCCACUUUGGUCAAGUUUAUUGAAUUAAUUUUAGCACUUGAUGGCGCAAGAAGACAUUCAAAAAAGAUAAAGAGAAAUGAAGAUCGGAAUCUUGACGUGUUUUGCAGUUUUGAGGAGAUAUUUGGAGAAAACUCUGUAGCUUCUAUUCUUGUUUCUCUUCUAGAUAUCUUGUUUCUUAAGAAAGAUGUGAAGCAAAGGUCGUGUUUAUUGCAACCUCUUUUCCAGAUUCUAUCGAAGCUCCUUUCUGAUCAAUGGGUCUCAGUAAUUGUUAGUCAGUAUAACAACCAACAAGAUACCUCAUCUGAAAUCCCUGAUUUAUCCAGUUUUGUAAAAGAAGUUCAACACUUGACACUGCUGGCCCUCAAAGAUAUUACAGAUACACUACAAUCGGGUCACCAUGAUGCAAUGUUCAGCAGCUCCAAUGUAGGUCUUCUUAUUGAUUGUGUACGGUCCAUCAGCGAUGUAGGAACUCGGAAUCAUGGCUUUUCCUUGAUAGCUUCUUUGGGAAAGGCUUGCCCACAACUGGUGUCAGAAAAUAUUGUUGAUUUGUUUGUCGCUAUUGGGGAUGCUAUUAAACAGGAUGACAGCCACUCACAACGUGUUUUGGAGGAUUUAUUAUCUGUCUUAGUCCCAUGUUGGUUGUCAAGGACCACAAGUAUAGAAAAGCUUCUUCAGAUAUUCAUUAAAGCUUUAGCAGAUGUGCCUGAACAUAGGCGAUUGACGCUCAUGGUUUACCUCUUAAGGACCUUGGGGAAGGAAAAUAGUUUGAGUACUGUGAUCAUGCAUCUAUUACACUCGUUGGUUGAGCGGAUUUCGCACUCUUUUUCUGAACAUCAUGGGAGCGAUUAUAGAUUGGCUAUGUCACAGGAGUGGGAGUAUGGAUUGGCAGUAAAUGUGACUGACCAAUUUUCCUAUAAAUUAUGGUUUCCUUGUUUGAGUAAGCUACUAAAAGACAUCAGGGUCCAUGAGAAGCAAGAUCUACAUCUUAUGCUACAUUUGGCAAUGAGGCUUAUUCUAUUUAAGUUACAAGAUACAGAAUUGAUUUUUGAACUUGAAUCUGAGGAAGCUGCUAAUUUUAUCCAGGGUUCUCUUGGGGCACUUAUGGAGGAAGUUGUCUUGUGUGGUGUGUAUGCCAGAGAUAAAACAAGAGAUGUUUCUAGUGACAUUACUAAAGAAGUCAGAGAUUUUGCAAAUACAAUACUCAAAACUAUUACAGGAUGGAUGAAUGCUUCAACAUAUUUGACAGGAAUUACUCGGCUGUUGGAUCAUUCAGAUAGUCAUGUGAAAAGAAAGACACUUGGGAUGUUGUCUGAAACGGCCAGAGGAAACAGUUUGGUCCAGAAAAAUCAAAGGAAAGCACGAAAACUGAAACAUAUAUCUGGUACUACUGCUAUCAAAGUAGACAAGAGCUCUGGUCCUUAUUUCAGCAAAUUGUGCUUAAAGAUUCUGGAGUUGAUUGACAGAGAUGGUGAUUCGGACACUAAAGUGAAAAUUGCUGCUAUUUCUUCGCUUGAAACACUAGCAAAAGAAUAUCCCUCUGAUAAUCCUGUUUAUAGCAACUGCCUUGCAACAAUCAUUGAUCAAAUUGGCUCUGAUGAGGCAGCUGUGUCUUCUGCUUUAAUUCAUACUGUGGGCUCUCUGAUAAAUGUGAUUGGAUCAAAAGCAUUACCACAACUCCCAUUAAUCAUGAAAAAUAUAAUGCUAAUAUCACAUCAAAUUUCAUGUUGCCCUAGUGGAAAUUAUGCUCAUGGUUCCACUAGAACUGCCGCUGAACUUUCUAACCAAGACAUAGCUGUGCUGCUGUCAGCACUGACAACAAUUGAGGUGAUUGUGGAAAAGCUGGGUGAAUUUGUUAAUCCAUAUCUGAAGGAAAUACUUGAUCUGGUAGUACUGCAUCCUGAAUGUAGCACUCAAAUGCAUCCCAAAUUAGAUGCAAAAGCAGCACGUGUUCGAGAGUUACUGACUGUAGAAGUUCCAGUCCGGCUUAUCCUCUCACCUUUACUUAAUCUGUACUCCCUUGCUGCAAAUUGUGGAGAUGCAAGUCUUUCGUUGGCAUUCAAUAUGCUUGCUAGUCUAGUUGGUACAAUGGACCGGCUGGCUGUAGGAACUUACCAUUCGAAAAUAUAUGAACAUUGUUUAGCAGCUCUUGAUCUCCGUCGCGAACACCCUGACUCUUUGAAGAAUAUAAAUAUGGUGGAGCAAAGUAUUAUUCAUGCCAUAAUCUCUCUCACCAUGAAGCUUACAGAGGGCACUUUUAGGCCACUUUUUCUUCGCACUUUGGAAUGGGCUGAGUCUGAAGUUGACGAGUCCUCAUCAAAGAAAAGUUUGGACCGUGCAAUUGUUUUCUACAAAUUGGUUAACAAACUUGCUGAAAAACACAGGUCCCUGUUCACACCUUACUUCAAGUAUCUACUUGAGGGAUCUAUACAGUAUCUCUCUGAAGAUGAUGCUUUGGCUGGUUCAAAGCAAAAGAAGAAGAAGAAGAAGACCAAACUUGAAGAUGUUCAAGUUGAACAGAAAGAUAAAUUGUUGGGGUUAAAACUGUGGAAUUUAAGAGCUCUAGUUUUGAAAUCCUUACACAAAUGUUUCCUCUAUGAUAAUGACCAGAAGAUCCUUGAUUCCUCUAAUUUCCAGGUUCUUUUGAAACCUAUUGUCUCCCAGUUUGUUGUGGAACCACCAGAAUCUAUUGAAUCAAUUCUUGAUGCUCCAUCAAUUGAAGAAGUAGAUGAAACUAUAAUUUUGUGCUUGGGCCAAAUGGCAGUCACUGCACGGUCAGAUGUUCUUUGGAAGCCUCUUAACCAUGAGGUGCUGAUGCAGACUAGGAGUGAUAAAGUUCGCCCCAAAAUGCUGGGCCUGAAGGUUAUCAGGUACAUGGUCCAACAUCUGAAGGAGGAGUACGUCGUUCUCGUACCAGAGACCAUCCCGUUCCUGGGUGAAUUGCUCGAGGAUGUGGAGCUUCCUGUCAAGACACUGUCGCAGGAGAUCUUGAAAGAGAUGGAAACCCUCAGCGGCGAAAGCCUCCGGCAGUACCUCAGCAACCAAACUUCCCUACCAGUUCGUUGCCGGCCGGACCAGGCGUCGGCGUUGCUCCGGCUGAAGAGUUCCUUCUCCACCGACGGCUGGGGUCCCUUUGAUAGGGAGGACGUGUGCACCGCCCUUGCAUCGUGGCAGGCGGGCACGGACUGCUGUGGCUGGGAGGGUAUUCACUGCGGCCAUCAUGCCGACGGCCGCGUGACCACCCUCGACCUGGGUCAUUGCGGGUUAGAGAGUGGCACCCUGCACCCCGCACUUUUCGAUCUAACCUCCCUCAGGCAUCUGGACCUUUCCUGGAACAGCUUCAACGGCUCACAACUCCGUGCCGAUGGGUUUGAACGACUCACUGAGCUUGUUCAUCUCAACCUCUCUUCAUGUGGAUUUGAUGGCCAAAUACCACAUGCAAUAGGACAGCUCACCAAGUUGGUAACCCUAGACCUCUCUACUGAAAUGUAUCUUUUUGAAGAAUAUGAUGAUGUUUUGUCCCUUGCUUCCUGGUCACGUGAGUGGGAGCUGGUAGAGCCAAACAUCUCAUCAUUCGUUGCUAAUCUUAGUCAUCUCAAAGAGCUUUACCUAGGCGGAGUCGAUUUGUCCGACAAUGGAGCAAGCUGGUGUAGUGCCUUUUCUAAUUCCACCAUCUCUCAACUCCAGGUUCUUAGCUUACCAUCUACCGGCCUCAAAAGUCCCAUCUGUGAAUCAGUGUCCACUAUAACAUCACUCACUGAGGUCAACCUACAGUAUAACGAGUUAUACGGCCGAAUUCCGGAGUCCUUUGCUGAUUUACAUUCGCUUAGUGUUCUUAGACUUACCUAUAACUUUCUUGAUGGAUGGCUCCCCUCAAGGAUCUUCCAAAACAAAAACUUAACAGCUAUUGAUGUCAGGUAUAAUUUCAAGUUAUCCGGGUCAUUGCCAAAUUUCUCAUCAGACAGUAUUAUCGUGGAUCUGCUUGUCACUGGAACUAACUUCUCUGGUCCUGUUCCGAGUUCCAUAAGCAAUCUCAGAUCCUUGAACAACUUGGGUAUUGCAUCAACUUAUUUUUCCCAGGAGCUUCCAUCGUCAAUCGGUGAGCUAAGAUCAUUAAGCUCGUUACAGGUAUCUGGGACUGGUAUGGUAGGGGCAAUACCAUCUUGGAUUGCAAACUUAACUUCUUUAAUAGAGCUCCAAUUCUCGGACUGCAGCUUAUCUGGAGAAGUACCUUCUUCCAUAGGUAAUCUCAAGAACCUAUAUAGUUUAAAAUUAUACAAUUCCAAUUUUUCUGGCACACUACCUCCACAAAUGUUUAACCUAACUCAGCUGGAACUCCUGUAUCUUGAUUCAAACAACUUCCAUGGUAUAGUGGAACUCAGCUCAUUCUUGAAAAUACCCCAACUGUUUGGUUUGAGCCUGUCAAACAACAAAUUUACUGUAGUAGUAGACGACGAUGGCAAUUCUUCAGUCACCAAUCGAUUGCAUGCUUUGCGCCUAGCAGCAUGUAACAUAUCCAAGCUCCCUAGUGUCUUGAGGCAUUUGCAUUCUGUUCAAUAUCUUGAUCUUUCAAACAAUCAAAUCCAUGGCACAAUACCUCACUGGGCAUGGGAAACUUGGAAAAGCUUGGUAGUUCUGAACUUAUCGCACAACAAAUUCAACAGCAUAGGAUAUGACUCUAUUAAUCCAAUUGAUAUAGACGUUAUUGUCCUUAGUUUUAACCUAUUCCAAGGGCCCAUACCUAUACCAGGACCCUCUACUGAGGUGCUUGAUUGCUCGAACAACAAGUUCUCAUCCAUCCCACUUAAUUUCGGAUCUCACUUUGUAUCUUUCAACUAUUUUAAUGCCUAUGCAAACAACCUCUCUGGAAAUAUCCCACCAUCGAUAUGUGGAGGUGGAACAUGGACUAUGGACCUUAUUGAUCUCUCCUACAACAAUCUUAGUGGUUCCAUUCCAUCAUGUUUAAUGGAGGGUACUAGUGUGACUUUAUUAAAGCUGAAAAGAAAUCGCUUACAAGGAGAAUUACCAAAUAAUAUGAAUCAAGAUUGUUCAUUUGAGGCAUUAGAUCUUAGUUACAAUCAGAUCAAAGGAAAAUUACCAAGAUCCCUAGUUUCUUGCAGAGGCUUGGAGGUCUUUGACAUUGGGAAUAAUCAUAUCAAUGAUAUCUUUCCAUGUUGGCUGAGUGUGCUUCCUGAACUUCAAGUGCUUGUUUUGAAGGCCAACAAGUUUGCAGGGGAGGUGGGGCCUUAUACUGCAGGAGAAAAGAACAAUUAUGAGUGGUUUAUGACCAUGAAAUUCAUGGUAAGCAUAUCUGUCAAUGAGAGUCUGGAUAAUCAUGUGAGUCAACUUGGGCAAACAUAUCAGUUUACCGAUGCAAUCACAUACAAAGGGAAUGAAGAAGUCACAAUUUCCAAAACUUUGAGCACCCUUGUACACAUUGAUGUUUCGGAUAACUUGUUCCAUGGUGCAAUCUCAAAGUCAAUUGGUGAUCUUGGUCUACUAAAUGGUGUAAACAUGUCACACAAUGCCUUCACUGGCCCAAUCCCACCUCAGUUUGGUGCUCUGAAUCAACUCGAGUCAUUGGAUCUCUCUUCAAAUAAUCUGUCGGGGGAGAUUCCACAGGGAUUAGCAUCACUGAACUUCCUCUCAAUGUUGAACCUGUCCUACAACGAGCUGGUGGGGAGAAUACCAGAUUCACCUCAUUUCUUGACAUUUACCAACCUCUCGUUCCUGGGCAACAUUGGCCUGUGUGGGUUUCAGGUGUCCAGAGCAUGCAACAACACAACACCAUAUGUGGAGCCACAUCAUUCAGAGACGAAAUCAGUCGACCUUGUGUUGUUCCUUUUUACCGGACUGGGAUUUGGCGUCGGAUUCGCAAUUGCAGUUGUCCUGACUUGUGGAAUCCAUGUUAGGAGGAGAUCCCAGAACCACAUAUUUCUGUGCUGCAAGAAAGUUCUCUUCUUCAUGUAG